CGAAUCAUCGGUAACGUUUACUAAACGUUCGGUAAAAAAUAACUGUACUUCGGUAAAACUGUGCUGAGCUUCGGUAAUCCGAACUUUUACCGAAAAUAGAACAGCCGAACUCGAGCCGAACAAGGGACUCUAAAAUAAGUGUGUAGCUUUAGCCAGUAGAUUUUAAAAACUAAAUGUCAUCGAGUUUCUUUCCUCAAAACAUCAGUAUUGUUGUGACGCCGCACUCCGUAGAACAGCACGACCGCAUUAACUGGCAGUCAGAAUUCGAGUGGUAGUAUUUUAUCAACUGAUCGAAUGCAUCGGUGUGUAUGUUGCUUAUUGAAAACAAAAACAAGGAGAAACAGUAGCGAGAUAGAAUAUUAAAAUCAAAAAGUUUAGGAAUCCAAUAAAGGAUUUUAUAGUGAAAAUUGUCAAGAGUAGGUUUGCGAAGAAUUGAAUUUAGCGUUGUAAUAUAUGUUUCGGAAGAGUUUGUUGGAGGAGCAAUACCGGCGGCGGUGAGCUGAAAAGGAAGCUGUAAGAGUUUGAGAAAGAGGAAUGUAAAACCAAAUAUUGUAAGUCCCAUUGAAUUUGUUAAAAUAAGUAAAAGUGAAAUAAAGUUUUGUUGAGAACCACUGAACAUCUCUCAACUCUCGCCGCUCUGCUUGCUCGCCGAUAGCAUUUCAAUAUGCGAUCGGUUGAUGCAUAAAAGCGGAGAUUAGAAUUAGAAGUAUUGUAGUCGUCCUACCAUGUACGUGUCGCGUCAUAUUCAUGUAAUCUUUUAUGUUAAUAAAGUUACAUUUUAAUUUGUUUAUUCGUUUACACCUGGAGUUUCAUUACACUUCAAUGUGUCUCGGCCACCCCGAACUCCAGGAUGUAACAGUGGCGACGAGUAAUUCGUAACCGUGCGUGCAGUGAGGAGCCGCGACGCGAUCAUUUUUCCGCGGAGAGAAGAUGGACGACACAAUGGACUUCACGAGGAGUGAUCAAGCCCAGCGCCAGCCUUCAGUGUCAUCGGCUGGACAGAACCUGCAUCAGCAUCAAGUGGGUCAGUGGCUACACUCGCCGGUUCUGCAAUCAAUACACCAGAACCAAAACACUCCAUCAUUCUCAUCAUCGUCAUCACAUCAACCCGUGGAAAUUCAUCCUCUACAGCACCAUAACAUCUAUCAAAAUCAGUACAGUCACUCGCAUCAACGGCCAGCUGAAUUCAAUGAGCCAUUCAGCAAUCCGCCAUUGUGUUAUGCGCAGCCAGUAGUGGUACAACAAACACCACUGCCACCUUCUACCGUCCAGUUUUCACUCGGUCAGAAGCAGUCGGAGCAGAUGCGAGAAGCUAGUGAAAGGUACUUCGAAGGUAUGCAACAGCUGCUGCAGCUUCAGUACCAACAUACCAUGGAAUUAAUAAAUCAGCAAUUCCAUUGGUUUUCGAUGUAUUGGAGUACCCGACAACAAGCACACAACCAGCAACAGUCGUCCCCGAUCAUCACGCAACUGCAAGGAACAUCGUAUCAAGCUCCAUAUCCAAACGUCGUCGCUCGCUACUACGGCAAUAAACGAGCGACAUCAGCAGAAGUCUUCAAUGAACCAGCUGAUUGUUCCCGCGCCGGCGACGCCCCCGGCGGCAGUGAAGAAAACGAACUCGAACACACACAACAGAGCGAAUAUACGGCAGAGGUGUCCAAUUCGUACAACGUCGGAUCACGUCGGGAGGCAAUAAUUAUUUUCGAACCGAUCAACACCAAAAGUGUCAUCCAGGAAUUUGAUGUCUCAGCAGUGGAAUAUAUCACCAGUUAUCAUCAGGGUAAUCCAAAGUUUGUCCAACAUUUCCUGGACCGGAAUGGGCAUCCCAGGGCAUCCGAUGGAUUCAACAAGUGGACGUGUAUCGGUAUUCAGUGA